UGACGCGGGGACGUCACCCAUGUUUUGCUGACCUACCCAUGUCCGAGUCUUGCUUGAGCUUCAGAUCCUCACUGAGAAAUAUGCCAGCUCCUGGGGUUGGAGUUGCCCAUCCCCCCAUCUGCCAUGUCCUCACCCCAUUCUGCCUGUGUCUACCUGCAUCAUUGGUUAGAGGUGUCCAUCGACUCCCUAAUUAUCCUUCAUGCCUUAAGCUAUGGACAUGUUCCCUAGGAAACUGAGAAACACCUCAGACACCAAUGUGACUGUGCCAGGAGCUUAUACAGUGGGUCUCAGUGAUAACUUUUGGCUGUGUCCCCAGUUCCCACCCUCAUGAGUUUCUAGCCCAGGAGACUCAGCCAGGCUCAGGCUGGAGGAACUAGACCCCUAAGUCUAGUGACCAGAGCUCGGGGCUCCUGCCUGAGGACUCCAGCUUCUCUUCCCCAGGUAACCGUCUGAUGCAGAGAUGGCUGAUGCCCAGAACAUUUCACUAGACAGCCCAGGAAGUGUGGGAGCUGUGGUAGUGCCUGUGGUCUUUGCCCUCAUCUUCCUCUUGGGCACAGUGGGCAAUGGGCUGGUGCUGGCGGUGCUGCUGCAGCCUGGCCCAAGUGCCUGGCAGGAGCCAGGCAGCACUACGGAUCUUUUCAUCCUCAACCUGGCAGUGGCUGACCUCUGCUUCAUCCUGUGCUGUGUGCCUUUCCAAGCUGCCAUCUAUACACUGGAUGCCUGGCUCUUUGGGGCCCUCGUCUGUAAGGCUGUGCACCUGCUCAUCUACCUCACCAUGUAUGCCAGCAGCUUCACACUGGCUGCUGUCUCAGUGGACAGGUACCUGGCCGUGCGGCACCCGCUGCGCUCGCGGGCCCUGCGCACCCCGCGCAACGCCCGCGCCGCGGUGGGCCUGGUCUGGCUGUUGGCGGCGCUCUUCUCGGCGCCCUACCUCAGCUACUACGGCACCGUGCGCUACGGCGCGCUCGAGCUCUGCGUGCCGGCCUGGGAGGACGCGCGCCGGCGCGCCCUCGACGUGGCCACCUUCGCUGCCGGCUACCUCCCCCGCCGCCUGUGGCCCUGCAGCCGCCGCCGGCGCCACCGCGCCUGCUGCCCGCCGGGCGCCCGUCGCUCCCUACGUCGCAUCCGCCCGGCAUCCUCGAACCCUACGGGCUGCCCCGGGGACACACGGCCUCGCGGGAGGCUGCCGGCGGGUGGCGGCUGGGGCGGGGAACCCGGGGAGGAGCCUGCCCGUGGCGGGAAGGCUGGACCAGCCCUGACUGCCCGAGGACCGGAAUAA